CCUCACUAGUGGUCAGCUGUUUUCUGCCAGUCUAAGACAUUGUAUGCUUAGAAAAAAAAGUUUGACGCGCGCGACACUCCCGCCAGAUUUAAAAAGUUUUAUAAACAAAUAUUUUAAAAAAUAAUAGAGAGAUUUGAAUAAGGAAUUCUGAUGUGUGUUUGUUUAAAAUGUAUUAUCAUCAUGUGAGGAAAAGAGUGCAUUUUAUGUGAUUACAUGUCUUUAUAGUGUUUACGUGAUUUUUGAACGUACGAUUUUUGCUGCGUUGCGAAACUGACAUUGCUCGAGUUUGUGACAUUGAAAAAAACCAGUGUAAUUAUAUAACGAUUAAAAAUAAAACUGUGUUGAAAGUGUUUUUUAAACUUUUUUAAUCAUAGACAAUAUUAACUUUUUAAAAUGAAAGACUUUGGUCAGAUUUGGGGUCGUGUGGCGGGUCGCCGAUUUUCCGGUGUCAACACCGAGUUGAAGGAGAUCAGUAACAAUCGAUUGCAAAGAGGCGAUUUUGACACAUCGACUUUCGAAUCGAAUCUCGCCGAGUGCGAGGGACUGAACAAUAAGUUCGAAGACUUUGAGUUUAGUGAACGAAAAGAUGCGAUUAUUAAUCGAUUAUUCGAGAGGAGAAGGAAAGGACAGCUGACGAGACAACCAAAAUGUCUGUUUUUACUUCUUAUGCUGGGAUUCUUCGCCCUCGGAGCAGGCUGUUUCAUCCUCAUAGCACACCCUUACGAUUUCCUGUUUAAACAGAAAGUGGUUCUCCAAGAAGGCGGCGAGAUUUUCGAAAUGUGGAAGAAACCGGAAGUGGACCUGUACGUCCGGAUAUUCCUGUUCAAUGUUACCAAUGCAGAGGACUACAUGGCUGGACGGGCGGAGAAGAUUAUCGUUAAAGAAGUAGGCCCUUAUGUGUACAAAGAAGACCUGGAACACAAAAUCAUCAAAUUUAACGACAACGGGACAAUAUCGGCCAUCCCCCGCCACCCCCUCAGCUGGGUCGAUGAACUCUCUGAGGGGAAUAAGGAGGAUGAUCUCCUGUUCCUGCCUAACAUCGCUUUAUUGAGCAUAGCAGACGUUGUAGCCAAGCAGUCUAUGCUCACUCGCUUCGGCCUCAACAACCUAAUAUCCAUCGGCAACAUCCAGCCCUUAGUCCAGAUGACAGCCAAGGAGUUCAUGAUGGGGUACAAGUCUAAUCUCAUGACGCUGGGCAACACUUUCAUGCCGGGCUGGAUUUCUUUUGACAAGCUGGGCCUUAUUGACAGAAUGUACGAUUUCAAAGGAGACUACGAGACUAUCUACACUGGUGAGGCUGAUGUCCGGGACUCCGGUCUUAUCGACACGUACCGCGGAUCCAAAGACCUCCCACAGUGGCAGGGAAGCCACUGUUCUAACGUGCAAGGCGCCUCAGACGGGACGAAGUUCAGAGGAGGAGUUACAAGGAAUGAGUCUCUGCUCUUCUUUAGGAAGAGUUUAUGUCGGGCUGCGCCCUUGAUCCCAGUGGAAGAAGGAGUGAAGAGUGGUCUGAAAGCGUACAUGUACACGUUCCCCGAACAUCUGUUCGACAACGGAAAACACAUUCCGGAGAACAAGUGCUUCUGCAGGAAUGGAAACUGUCUCCCAGAAGGCCUAAUUGACGUCACAGAGUGCUACUACGGGUUCCCCAUUGCUCUCUCCUACCCCCACUUCUACAAAGGGGAUGACGUGCUGUUUGAUAAGGUGGAGGGGCUCAGCCCGAAUAAAGAGCUACAUGAGACGAGAUUCUGGAUCCAGCCAGAAUCCGGCCUUCCCCUAGACGUCAGUGCCAAGAUUCAAAUCAACAUGGCGCUCGGAGACAUUAGUAAGAUCACCAACGCUGACCGCUUCGCUAACUUGUACCUGCCGAUGCUGUGGUUUGAUAUUAGAAUGUACUCUCUACCGAAGUCCUUGGAAGACCGUUUCAGGAUUUACCUCAACGUUCUCCCAUUAGUAGAACAAGGAGCAUUAUACGUACUCUUCUUAUCUGGCUCCCUUCUCAUCCUUCUCUCCAUCUACAGACUUGCCUUUAAAAUCAUGUUCAAAACCUUCGACGGAAAGAAGAAGCAGAGAAACUACAUCAUCGCCUCAAACCAGAAAGACAGAGCUAAGAAGCAUGAAAACAUAUACGCUCCUUGCGAAAUUGCGCUCAAUGAUACAGAAUCGGACAAUUCCGAUCCACAAUUCGAUGAAGAACGGCGGCCAUCGUUCUUCAAAACGCACAGUGAUAGGUUAAAAGAACUUAGCCAUAGAUUAAGCGAUAAAGUUUACGAUUCUGUUGGCAGUGUCAAAGAUAGGGUUACAGAAAUUAUUCAUGUGCAAAAAGUUUUUGAUAAUAGAAAGAAUUCACUUAUAAACAAAGAUGAGUCGUUGACAAAUGACGGUUUCAAAAGUGAUUCCUCUGGUGAUGAGAGGACUGGUAACUAUGAAGCCGUCAGGCAAUCGGACAGCGAAGAUGAUUAUAGGUAUUUAGAAGUUCUAGAUGAUGGCAGUGAAUUUGAUGAGCCAGUUAAUACAUUCCAUUUAAAGAGAGGGUCACAGUUCAAAGAUUUAGACGCACCUAAAGAUGACGUUAUGGUACAGAUUUCGGAUUAGUUUCCUGGUGAAUAGAUAUUUGGUCUUUUGAUAAAAUAUCUGGGGGAUUUCAAAGAAAUGUAAUAUAAAGCUUUGGCUUUUUAGGUUUCUGAAAGUAUACCUUCUGGUACAGAAUCCAUAAGGGAACUCUUUGAGUUUGAUAAUGAGACAAUGAGAACGAUAGAAAUCAAAUAUGAUUUUGAUACAUGGAAAUGUAUUCUCAGGAGAAACAGUUUAUUAAGGCAGCUUAAUGAUUACAAAGUUUUACAUACAUACAUACAUACAAUCACGCCUGUAUCCCAUAAAGGGGUAGGCAGAACACAUGAAACUACUAAAGCUUCAGUGCCACUCUUGGCAAAUAAGGGGUUGAAAGAAAACGAAACUGUGGCAUUGCAGUGACAGGUUGCCAGCCUCUCGCCUACGCCACAAUUUAACCCAAACAAACAAAGAUUUACUGGAUAUUUUAUUAGAAUCAAAAUUUAUAUCUGCCAUGAUUUGGACUGUGAUAAUAGAGCACGAAAAUACCAUCAUGAAAAAAAGAAUCUUGCCAUACUUACUGAAUAUUGUAUCAUUGUAUGUGAAUAAUAUUAAACGAAUUGGAAAUUAGAUGACUGAUUAAAUUGCUCAAUUUUAAAUAUGAGAUUGUACGAAGUACUGAUUGUAUAUAUUGUAAAUAAAAAAAAGUAUUAUUAAUUAGAUUAUUAUUUUAUUUUUAAUUUUAAGAAACGAGUAACUAGCCUGCUCAACCUAGAAUAAUUUGUGUAAACUUUUAAUUUAAUCGAUUUUAUGCCAGUGACAUAUUGAAAAUGUAUUAUAGAUUGUUUUCGUUAUGUUAACUUUAUCACCUGCAGUACUGAAUUAUAAUUAAAAAAAAAUAGUUAUUUUGUGGUUUUCCUCACAAAAUGCCCAGACCCUUUUCAGAUUGAAAGCCACAUAGAUCUAAUGGUCAUAUUAAUAUUUUUUGUAAAAAAAACAACUGGUACAAAUAUGUCUUCCAAUUAAUUAGGUACUUAAAUAAUUCAUGACUUAAAAUAUGUGAGUAGCUAAGUUAUGUAAUAUUAA